AUGGGACUUGUCGACUGGUUGAACUCCAGCGCUGAGUUUACCGAAUGGGCCGCUGGACGCAAGCCAGUACCGAAGAAUUCGGAUGCAUUACGUUUCGGUAUCUUAGGAGCUGCUAAAAUUGCUCCGAUGGGUUUGAUCAUUCCAGCGCGCUCGCAUGCAGAUGUCAUAGUCGCUGCUGUUGCAGCAAGAGACAGGACGAAAGCAGAAGCCUAUGCGAAGAGGUGGGAUGUUCCGAUUGUUCAUGAUAGCUAUGAAGCGCUGAUCAACGAUCCAUCGAUCGACUGUAUAUAUAACCCUUUGCCAAACGGAUUGCACUACAAAUGGACGCUCGCCGCCCUCAAGGCAGGAAAACACGUUCUACUGGAGAAACCCUCCGUCUCCAAUGCGCAAGAGGCACGCUCUCUCUUCCAUCACGAGGUUCUCAAGGCUCCAAAUGCUCCUGUACUUGUUGAAGCAAGUCACUAUCGCUUCCACCCCGCCUGGUAUGUCUUUCUAGCGCAAUUCGAAAAGGCAAAUAUAGAGAAAGCAAGUGUUCGUGCGGGAGCAUUCAAAGGAGCUUUCCCCGAAACGGAUAUCAGAUAUGACUACGAUCUUGCUGGUGGCGCUGCAAUGGACAUAGGGCAUUACACCCUAUCCGCACUACGAGGUGUCUUCGGAGCUGAGCCUACAGAUGUCACUUCUGCAACACCUAGUUUUUUUCAUUCAACACAACAUCAGCUCUGCGAUCGAGCCAUGGAAGCUACUUACACAUUCCCCAACGGCGGUAGUGGUCACGUUCUGUCCGAUCUAAGUGCUCGAGGCGGCUACUGGUUUCCGUGGCUAACAUCAAACUGGCCAAAUUUCAGUGACCUGCUUGCCUCGAUCUCUGUAACUUUGCGCUCCGAGAACCUUGAAACAACUAAUAAUGGUCUACACAAGUCUAGCCAAAAGUCGCUUAUGUUCUGGGGCUUCAUGGGUCCGCACUCUUAUCAUCGCAUCGAUAUUACCACCACGACUACUUUGCGCGAUCCCUCUUCUGGCAAGAUUGUCAAGGAAGAAAAGAAGACGGAGCACAAGAAGGCGUACAAGUGGCCGGAGGGCAUGGGUGGUGAGAAAAAGGGUGAGGACUGGUGGGUUACGUAUCGGUACAUGCUUGAGGAGUUUGUGAAUAAGGUUAAGCAGAGAGAUGGGAGUGGUGCGUGGGUUGAUGGCGAGGAGAGUAUUAAACAAAUGGAAGCCACGGAUCGAACUUAUGAGAGAGCUGCAACCAUCAACAUGAAGGUCCUGACCUUGGUUUACAGUUUCGUGGCUUUGGGGUCUGCAACUCCGGCUCCGCGCUCGGCUUCAUGGCAGGGCAAGAGACAGGCUGCUGAUGCGCCAGCUUAUGCGGCACAUACGAUUGAUCAACUGAUUGAUCAUUUCCAGGAUAGCGAUCGCUAUGUUCCUCACACCAAUGCCACCUUCAAGCAGCGGUACUUUUUCGACUCCUCUUACUACAAGUCCGGGGGACCAGUGUUUCUCUACAUUGGUGGAGAGACGAGCGGAGAGUCGCGUUUCUCCAACUUGCAGACUGGAAUCAUCCAGAUUCUCAUGGAAAAGUUCAACGGUCUUGGUGUCAUUCUUGAGAAUCGUUAUUAUGGUGAAAGCUACCCGUACAAUUCUAGUACGACAGAUGAACUGAGAUUCUUGACUACUGAGCAGACAAUUGCCGACAAUGCCUACUUUAGACAGCAUGCUACCUUCCCAGGUGUUAACGAUAGUUUGAACAGUGUUGACACACCUUGGAUUAUGUAUGGCGGUUCGCUUGCUGGUGCCCACACUGCGUUCACCAUGAAGACUUACAACGACAUCUUUGCUGGAGGCAUUGGUAGCAGUGCCACUACCCAGGCUUUACUCGAAUACCCUCAGUGGUACGAUCCCAUCAUAAAGUUCGGUCCUGCAGACUGUGUAUCCAGGAUCAUUGACAUUGUCGACAAGAUGGAUGAACUUAUCUGGAGUGGAAACAAAGAAGGCAUCCAGCAAUUGAAGGAGAUCUUUGGUCUCGGCGCGCUGCAAGAUCUGAGAGACUUUGCCAUGACGAUUGCAUUCCCGAUUGGUGGUCCGAUGAAUUAUCCCACCAACACAUGGCAAGAACUUAAUUGGUCUCCCAAAUAUGGUUCUGAAGACUUCUUCAACUUCUGCUCCAACGUAACGAACAUCAACCCGCCAGCAAACAUCAGCAGCGUCGAUAUGGCGCUUGCCAAGUACUCCCAGGGCGAAUCUUGGACUGGAUUAGGUGGUUAUGCCGAUUAUGUGAAGAAGACGCUCAUCCCAAACUGCGAAAGUGGACGAAUCGAUAGCACGGACGAGGGCUGCUUCGGCACGCAAAACCAGACAUACUAUGCCGACCCCUCAAACGGUGCAGCACGCUCAUACCUUUACUCGACCUGUUCAGAGUCCGGUGCUUACCAAGUUGCGCCUACGAACGGCCCAUCUCUCAUCUCCCGCGUCCUCCAAAUUGACUACACCCAGCAGUGGUGCACCUGGGCCUUCCCACCUGGCGAGCAUAAUAGCAUCCCUGCAACUCCCCAGUUGCACUACUACAACAAGUACGGAGGUUGGGACGUCCAAGCUGAGAAUCUCGCUAAGAUUGAUGGCAAUACCGAUGUCUGGCUUGAUCUAUGCUACCAUUCGAAUCUGGCUCCUCAGCCCAGGAUCAGUAGCGACAAGUACCCGAGCUACCUGAUCGCGGGGGCCGGACAUCACUGGGACAGCUAUGGUAUCAAGAACGUUAGCGCUGAGCCGGAUUAUAUCAGGGAGGCCCAUUAUUGGGAGGAGAGGACUGUAAGUCGGUUCUUGCAGUUCUGGGCGGAAAAGGAACACUAG